AUGGCAGUCAAUCUUCACAACACACGGUCACUCGCGGCCCUCCAGCCGCCCAUUCAGCCACCAGUACAAAAUUACCACCAGCCACCCGACAGGCCGCCACCAGCUACUUCUUUCAUCUCCAUUCUCCAGUCCUCUCGCAUCUCCCUUUCUUAUUCAAGGUAA